GGCCCUGCGCCCGGUGGGGGUUCUCCUAGAGGUUGACAGAGGGAAGUUUGGGGCACACAGCGGUGGGUCAUGGCUGGCUGCACCGGCAGACGCUCUCACCUCGGUAAACGGAUCCAUCGCCCCAGGCGUCGGACAACCAGACGAUGGAAACGGUUGUUCAAAUUCAGGAGGAGAAAAGGAGAGAAAAGGCCAAGACUUAAUCAUAAGGCAGUGGCAAGAAGAACUAAACUCCAGUUCUCUACUUCAGAAAAGCUUCACUGGCCUGAGCAAGAACUUGCUAAGAAGUCUAUUCUAAAUGCAGAAGAUUCAUUGAUCAUCGACAGCAAAAGAAGCCUUUCACAUUUAUCCUCGGGAGUGUUAAAAGACAUUUUCACAACUGGAACCAGUAGUUACAAUGUCCUACUACAGAGCAAGGAGGAAAGAAAGCAUCAUUCACAAAAACAGUCUUCCUCCGCCUACUCCAAAAGAUGUAGAAAACCCAGCAAAUCUUCUAACACUUCUCGUAGUAAAGAUCCUCACAGAAUGAAAGCCCUGGUGCCUGUGACGAGCAGUGGUACUUGGUACUGCCUGGAGAGGCGGCCUGCUGUUUUUGUCACUAGUUCAGUGUCAAGUCCUGUAAAGUUUACACAUGAUAUCUCUGUUUCAGGGAACGCCAUAGUACUGCCACCUAAACCCAAAAGCAAGGUCAAGCGGUGCCAUUUCUCCACUCUCCAAAAGCCAAAGUCACAGCCUCAGCUGUCUGGAAGCUUUGAGAAGGGAGAUGACUUUUCUGGGAAGAAAUUUUGUAUAUUGACUGCUAUAAAACCCACCAACUUAGAGAAAGAAAAACUGAGAUUCUUCAAAUCUGACUAUACCUACAAUCCUCAGUUUGAGUAUGCUAAUCCUGCUCUGCCAAGUGUAUUAACUAAGCACAGCCACGCAUCUGACCGAUUUCUUAAGCAGUCUAUCAAUAUUAUGGAACUGACUUUACAGAAAUAUGGAAGUUAUGAAAAAUUUGAACAAGCCACUGGUGGUAGCUUGCUCUCUAAAACUCGAAUCUGGAGUCACGUUAGGAGGUACAUGAUGAAGGAAGGCUGCCUAGGGGAGAUUGUAGUUCAUCUCACUGAGGACCUGCUUUCCCGAGCAUCAAUGACAGUAGUAAAUGGAUGUCCGACUCUGACCAUCAAUGUAUCCACUGCACGUGAACAUUGGCUGGAGGGAAUGCUAAGGCAUGAAAUAGGCACACAUUAUUUUCGAGGUAUUAACAACCUCCAGCAGCCUUGGAACAAUUGGACUGGACGUAAAAAACAUGAGCUAAAGCCAAAUAAUCCCACAGAGGAAGGACUAGCAAGCAUUCACAGUGUUCUGUUUAGAAAAGACCCCUUUUUAUGGAGGGCUGCCCUCCUCUACUACACUGUUUAUCGAGCCAGCCAAAUGUCUUUUUGUGAACUCUUCAAAGAUAUUGGCAGGUUUGUCAAGGACCCCAAUACAAGAUGGGAUUAUUGUGUACGGGCCAAGAGGGGAUGGACUGAUACUUCCCAACCAGGGUGUUUUAGUAAAGACCAGGUAUACUUGGAUGGAAUUCUUCAAAUCCUGCGAUACAGAGAGACCAUAGACUUCUAUCUGCUAACUGCCCUCGGGAAGGUUUCUUAUGAAGAUGUGGAUCGCUUAAAAGGAUUGGCAGUUACUGAAAACAUGAGGGUCCCUCACUUCCUCCAGGACCAUGGCCGAUAUAUGGAACACUUAGAGAAGAUCAUGGAAGUGAAUGAACUGACUGACAGGGAACUGAAAGAUCUUAUAUAGUAAUUAGCAUUCUGGCAAACGUAGCUAAGCUGUACCUCCAUAUAUACUACCAAUUAGGUGCAGUUAGCACCAGAAGAUUUCUAAAAGAAGAAUGACUGUUUACUUGUGUUUUCUGAAGAAUGGUCUUCAGUAUUCAGCUGAAUUUUUAGGUUAAGUACAAAUCUUAAACUAUUUCCCCAAAAAUGUUUCUAUAGGCUGCAGGGGGAUGUUACUCCUAUUUCCUGAAUCUCGACAGAGUCAGAUGGAAAUACUACUGCUAAGCAUUUUUGAAGACUGUUGGUCAAAUUGCGUGAUAAAUUUCUGCCUGAGCAGUUAAGCACUGGCCUGGUGCUUCUGCCUAAGUGCGGAGGCCAGCUCCAACUGGAGACUGGCUGAAUCCCAUUGCUGUUCAGACUCCAAAAUUAUAUUUGUCUGAUAAAUAAUGGUAAUUAUUCUUUGAAAAAUUAGUUUUGUGUUGCUCCAAAAAGCUAGCUAUAUCUAAGCUUUCUUAUUUCUUUUAUAUGUUAAGGAAUUUUAAAGGAAGAAGAAAAGCAAUUUGAAAAUUUUUCAUUGUUUUAACAUUAUUGUUUCACCUUAUCAGCAUAUAGGAACUAAAUUAGUGAAUGACCUCUUUUUGUCCAGUUAUCUCUUAGCUACGUUUUCAUCUGUUGAAACAUAUUGUAUCCUUUUCAAUUUUUUACAGAGUUUUAACAUCUUUUCCACUGCGUCCUUUAUAAAAAUAAGUACAAAUUCCAGAGAGAUUUUUCUACACAAAUCAAAAUAGUUGGGGAAAGGCUACUCACCUUUUCAUUAAACAGAAUGUGUAAUAAGCAGAGGACAAAUGGACCUGGGUAAAUGCAGGUUCUGGAUGUUGACUGGGUAGCACCUGCAGUAAACUUGACCGUGCUCUGAAAAAUGAAAUUCUGGGUGUUGACGGUUGAUAAAGCCAGCUUUGUGCUAUUGGGUCAGUAUAGUUUAUCAAAAUCUUUGACUUCAUCAACCCAGUAAUGACACAAUUUGAAUUUUAAAAUGAGAGUUGUUUUGCUAUAUUUCUCCUGCUAGCCUAGCUUUGUAUUUUUUCCGCUUCAGUAUGUAUUUGGAUAUAUAUAUAUAUGUGGAUUCAGAUGGUUUUCCAUACAACUUAAUGAUUAGAAAGAAUGCUGCUGCAAACACCCCACUUAAGAUUGCUGCUGUAAUUUCUACCCAAAGCUGUCUGAGAGUUUAUCAUUACCUCAGUGCAGGCCAAAAUAUGGUGCUAAUACUGGUAUAUAUAUACUGUGAAGCCUGGUUCACAUUCAUGCUAGAAAAUGAUUUCGGGAAAUCUUUUGUAG